AUAGCUUUAUUCAGACAAAUUUGUAUACCCGCACAAUGUCAAAAUCAAUUUGGACAAACGGCUAAAAUUUCUUUCUGAUUGGUCAGUCCAACUAGAAGCAUUUGUAACGUCAACCAAAGUAUAUGAUUAGUUUAUGAUCAAUGUAAUAUCUCUCGGAAUUUUUUCGCGGUUUGUAUUUUAUAUACUUACAACGAUUAGAAAGUGCAAUAUAACGACAUCGCACAUUAAAUGCACCAUAUAUAUGCUGGCUUUGUCAGUACAUUAUCUCUAGUUAUCUCUAGUUAUCAAUGUUUAAACGAUAUUACUUAAAUUAAAUGUGUAUUUUUCAACAUUUGUGUUGUAACUCAUCGAAAGACGAUACAAGAAAAUCAGGAUGGCAUCUGCACAGAUAAAAGAAUUGGUAAACUUAUACAAAUCGUUAGCUGCACAUCCGUCCUUAACUGGUGCACGGAUCUUGGGUACUGCGAGUGGUAGAUUAUCCAUACAAGGCUUAUGGACACAGAGAAAUUUGGAAAGGAAGACAGAUCAACGUUUUCUACAGAAAUAUGAAUUAAAUUCAGAUCUAACACCAAUUUCCAGUGAAUUUCCAAUUGAUGUUACCACAGAGCUCAUGUCCACCCUGACAAAAAAUGAAGAACGUAGAGCUGUCUUACGACAAGCUAUAAUUGAUAAUUCUGCAAAGCAAUUUAUAGAAAUUUGGGAUAAGCAACAUAAUGUGAAGAAUUAUGAUCUAUCUGCUUUGGAUGUCCAUGGCGAUGUCUAUACAGAUGUUGAAUUCCGAUCGUUUGAAUGGUCUCCUGAUAAUACCAAAGUAUUAUAUAUAGCAGAAAAGAAGUUUCCUAAAUCAGAACCAUUUUAUAAGCAAAAACCAUUAGACAAAAAAGAUAAAGAAAAAAAAGAAGAUGAAGAAGUAAUAGUGGGUAAUGAGUAUAUUUAUAAGCCACACUGGGGAGAGCAACUGGUAGGAAAACAUCGGCCUGUCGUUGUAGUUCUUGAUACAACAACAGACAAUAUUACAGUUUUAUCUGGAAUACCAGAUGAACUUUCUCCUGGUCAAGUGAUUUGGACAAAAGAUCAGGAUGUAAUCGGUGUUGCUUGGAAGCAUGAACCACAAUACUUAGGUUUAGUUGCAUGCACUAACAGAUAUUCCUGGAUAUUCUUAUUGAAAAAUGGAAAAUAUUGGAAAUUGUCUGAUGACGGAUGCGCUGUACACAGCCCUAGGAUUAGCCCAGAUGGAAAUUAUCUUAUUUGGUUACAGAGAAAGGCUGGUGCUCUUCCGCAUCAUAAUGCGCAUGCGCUUGUGUUACGAGAUUUGAGAAUAGAAAAAAGUCAUGUUAACGAAAUCGUGGAAAUAGUACAAGUGAGCAAGACAAUUAAUAACAACAAGCAUUUUUAUGGGAUAUAUGGUCGUUUACCUCAUAAUUGUUGGAGUGAUGAUUCUCUAUACUUAUUUUUCAGUACACCUCAAAGGAACAAUAUCGUUUCAUAUAUUGUUAAUAUAAAAACAAAGAAUAUUACUGAAAUAAAAAAUGAUGGAAGCAGUCUUAGUAUACUGGAUGUAAAAGGGAACAUAAUUGCAUUUUUAAAUACUUCCGUAACACAACCUGCCAGUCUUAUGGUAGGUCGUUUUAAAAGUAAAGCAGUAAAUAUUGGUGAUAUUCCCAGAAUUACAAUUACAACUCCAAUGAAAAUAGACGAGCUUAAUGAAAUUAUAUACGAACCUAAUGAAUAUAUUUAUAACAACGAUGACAGCAUAAAACAAUUUAAUUUUAUUUACUUUGGUCCAAAAAUUGGUAAAGAUAAAUCAGUUCCUUUUAUAGUGAUACCGCAUGGGGGCCCUCAUAGCAGUUUCACAAACAUAUUUUCGUUGGAUCACUCUUUCUUGGUAUCAGCAGGUUUUGCGAUAAUACAAGUGAAUUAUCGUGGUUCCACGGGAAUGGGCAGCGCGACUGUAGAAUAUCUUCAAGGGAAAGUGGGAGACACAGAUGUGAAGGACUGCAUAACAGCUACGCAAGAAGCAAUAAAAAAAUAUCCUUGGCUCGAUCCUGAUCGCAUAGGUGUUUGCGGUGGAUCUCACGGUGGAUUUUUGGCAACACAUUUGAGCGGACAAGUUCCGGAUAUGUACAAAGCAGCAGUCGCAAGAAAUCCGGUAAUCGAUAUCUCCAUCAUGUUUGGCAUAUCGGAUAUCCCAGAUUGGUGCGCUGUAGAGGCAGGUUUCUUUUACUUUUUUGAUGGUCCUUGGCCCGAUAACAUUGACUUGUUUGUAAAAAUGAAGAAAUGCUCGCCGAUUUUGCACAUCGAUAAAGUUAAGGCACCCACUUUGAUUUGCAUUGGAACGAAAGAUUUGCGAGUACCACCUCAUCAAGGAAUAAUGUGGUAUCAACGGCUCAAAGCUAACAAAGUGAAAACUAAAUUGCUCGCAUACGAAGACAAUCAUCCGUUAUCAAGUGGAUCUACUGAGAUUGAUCAUAUCAUUAAUAUUUGUCUAUGGUUCCUCGAACAUAUACCUAUACAUACAGAAUUCAAAGACAAGAAAUAAAUAUUCACCUUGCAACAUUUGAUUUUUUACAUGUACAUAUAUAUAUAAGUCUUUAUUAUCACAAGUUGAAUAUUUACAAAUAUUAUUACAUACAUUUUAUAAAGAGUCUUAUAAUAACAUUCAAUCUCAAAAAUAUAUAUACAUAUGUCUAUAGAAUAUGUCUAUGAAUUGUUAUAAAAUUUUCAUACUUUUAUAUUACAAAAGUUACACAUAUUUUCGCGCGUAUCUAAAUAAAAUACAUUGUUUAUCAAAAAGUA